UCCCAUCUUUCUAGUAAAUGUCUAUAAAAUCAUUUAGAAUUCAGUUUUAAGGGAAACAUUUAAAAUGAAUACAUAUUGAGUGCUGUUUCAAGGAAUAAUGUCUGUUAGCAAAAUGUAGGAUGUGCAUAGACCCAACCUCUAAAUCAUAUAAUAGAAUUCUUCAGCUAAUAAGUGCUCUGUUUGUUUUAAUCAAGUCUUGGUUAUAAAGUGAAAGAAGUCAACUGAGUGGAAAUAACUACUGUUUUACUUGAGUUAAAUCACAGCACUUCAUUUAUAAUUCUCAAUGAGGUGGAUAAUCAUAGCAGGCUAUUUAGAUUUGCUUGAGUUGGCCUAUUAGUACUUCUUUGCUUUGAUAUUUCCACAUUCUUUGAUCAGUUGCUUUAAAAAUGUUUGUAUCAACAAUGGAGCCCAUGUUUCAAGCUCUGAAUUGAUUUACUGCCCCACAUAACAAUAAAUAUCCUCUACCACCAUGGUAAAAGUCAUCUUCAAAUUACUUGGAGACAGAAGUUCAGUCUUGCAUUCUAAUAUGGUUCUACUAUUGAAAUAAUUAUCCAUUCCUGAUUUUCCAUCAAAGUGCAAGAAAUUUAUUAAGUACUAUGACCUCAAAGAAGGCUUGACUUAAGCUUCCAAAGUGGACUAGGCAAAUAAAAUUGUUCAAACAAAUCAUGCACACUUGUUAGUUGUCGUCUUUUAUGCUAACCACAGCUGCUCAUUUGUGUACUUUCCUAAAUUUUACAAAUUUUUCAGAAAGGAAAAUGUUAAAUCUAUUGAUGUGCAUGUAUACUAAUAAUUAUCAUUUCCUUAUUUUAACCUUUUAAAUCCUUGUAAUUGUAAAUGUCUUAUCACUAAUGUCUUCUAAUCUUUUUCAUGUAGUCCAAUCACAUCUAAAGAGUUUAGCAAAGACCAUUUCUGUCUCUGUGAUUCUUCUAGCUCUGUGUUUCUUAGUUAAGUGCAGAGAUAGGGAGUCAGUCAUGCAUUUGGAGCUCAUUCAAAGCAUUCUCUCCUAAGUUGUACAAUAUGCCAUUUAGCAUAAUAGUCGGGAAGACUCAUAUUGAAGACCAUUCUUGGAACUUGGGUGCUGGAGACCAGCUCUGGAGUUCUGAUUCUCUUUGAAGGUAGCUGAGGGGAAAGAGCAAAGGCUGGGGCAAGAUUUGAUCUUGCUCAGAUCCCACUCAACUACACAGAGAUCAGGAUACUCUAUGAAGCUUACUAAAUAAACACUCACAGAAAAGGGAGACUGCUUAAAAAUAUCUCUUGAACGUUCUCGAAGCUGACAGUUUGACAACCCCCACUCCCCCAAUCGGCAAUGCUGUUUUCUUGGCAAAGAGUAUUGAGGUCCCAGAGAUGACUGCUCUCGCUCUGGCUCCUUGAAGCUUGGGAGGCAGGGAGUGGCCAGCUCCACUAUUUCAUCCUCCUGGAGGACAAGUACAUUAUGAGGGACCUGGUGCUAGAGCUGGCAGAGCUGGUACCCCUGCCUCUAAAGGGCAGCAUUCAAAAACCAUGCAGACCAUCUGGAGGUAAAUCUGCAGAAGGGCAUUUUGUUUGUGAAUUCUUGGAUCAACUAGGUGGAGCUAGUCUACUGGGGCACAGUGUAGCAUCCAUCCAGAGGUGAUCAUGGACAGGCCACUGUAGGUUUUUCACGUGGAGGUCCAGGUCAUCCAGGAUGUUAAUGAUAAUUCGCUGAUGUUUAGAGAAAGAGAACAAAAGGCAUUUCUUUCUUUUACUUCAUAACACUUAAAACAAUUUAUUUAUUUAUGGGCUUUAGUGUUUUGCUUGCGUGUGUGUGAGGGUGUCAGAUCCCCUGGAACUGAAGCUACAGACAGUUGUGAGUUAUUAUAUGGGUCCUAGGAAUUGGCUCCAGGUUCUCUGGAGGUGCUCUUUAUCAUUGAGCCAUCUCUCCCACCCAUAAAAGAGCUUAUUUGUGAAUCUCCACCUCUGGAUACUCCUUUUCCUCUAGAGGAUAUUUCUGAUGCUGAUUUUGGUGUACAUUGAUUGUCUUACCUAUCCAUAUGUUAAAUUUGAAUAAGCAUUUUGUGCUUAAAAUAAUGAUGAAAAGCAAUAAAAGAUUAUCUCUAGUACUGAUUCUUGAGAGAAGACAUCAGAAUUUCUUUUAUUGUUAACAGUCAUUGAUAAACCAGAGGUAAACCAGAGCUUUCAGGAUCUACUCAGAUUCAAAUAACCAUCUGGGCAGUAGUGGUCCAUGCCUUUAAUCUCAGCACUCAGUAGGCAAAGGCAGCUUCCAGUUCCAGGAUAGCCAGGGCUACACAGACAAACCCUGUCUCAAACAACUAAAACCAAAACCAAAACAAAAGAGCUAUCCUGGAUAUGAAUGAAAAUGUAGCCAAGUUUGAGAAAUCCUCUUAUAUAGUAGACUUACUUGAAAAUGUUCAAAACCACACCUCCAUAAUUCAACUAAGUGCUUCUGAUGUAGAUGAAGGCCAGAACAGAGAAAUAUCCUGUGGGUUCCGAAUGAUUUGGCUUACCAGUGAGAACUUUUAAGCUUUACAAAAGCCCAGACACAGGUAAACUUAGAAUUGAUGGGAAACUAGAGGUUGAGGAGAACAGGGCUUAUGAGAUUCCAGUUAAUGCAAUUGAUAAAGGAGUUCCUUCUGUGGUAGGUGACAGCAUGGUCAGAGUGAAAGUUCUGGAUGUGAAUGACAAAUGUCUGUGCUAGAAGAUGCUCUGGUGGGAACAGUAAUUGCUCUGAUCCUUGUGUCUGACUUUGACUCUGGUGCCAACAGCCUCUCAGUUACUCAUGUCCUUUCAAGCUGGUGUCCACUUUCAAGAAUUACUUUUUGCUAAGUCUGGACAGUGUUUUGGAUCAGGAGACUAUAAUGUUGGAAUGGCAGCACAGGAUGUGGGUUCACCCACACUCUAUUCUAGCUCUUCUGCUAACAUCUUAACUUGAGAUUAUCUUAAUUAUCAGGUGAUAAUAUCUGUGGUGCAGACACAACCAUAAUUCACAUCUUACUGAUGAGAAAAGAUGACAAUGAAGUCACAGAGGUAGUGUAACCCACUUAAACCUCAUUUUGAGGAUUCCAACCUCAUUGUGGUAGUAUAUUGAUCUUCUGCCUGUAUUUGCUUUAAUUUUCUGAACUACAACUUACAUUUUAAAAUUUCCUUCCACAAAAAUACACAGAACUUGGUUUUGACCAGAGAGCAAAAUUUCCUAUCCUCUAACCUGAUGUUAAUGGCUUUACAUUUUCCUAACUUUUAUCUGCUUUUUCAUAAAUCUUUAUUUUAGGACCAGGAAUAUAUUACAUUUUCAAUCAUUAAUAUUUGAUUAUUGGGUGAUACUGAAAUGUAUUGUCUGGGCAGUCUGUGCGAUUUAGAAGAGGGGCUGAGCACUGGAGUUUGGCCAACAUUUUCUUCAGGAGUAUCUUAAAACAUAGGUAACAUUUCAAAGGUGGAUAACAUUUCAAAGGAUAAAGUUUUAUGGGUGGAAAAUAAGUAUGAAUAAAAGAAUGUUCUCUGAAGAAUGUGAACUUGAAAGAUCAGCUGUGGGAAGAGUAUGAAAGCAGGGAAGCACAUAGAGGAUUUUCCAUAAAUACUUGGGUAUCAAGCAAAUGGAGAUUCUCUCCUUCCCCCAAGACAGGGUUUCUCUAUGUAGCCCGGGUUGUCCUGGAACUUAGUAGCCCAGGCUGACCUUGCUCUCAGAAAUCAGCCUGCCUCUGAGUGUUGGGACUAAAGGCCUGUACAAUCACACCCUGCUGAACAAUGAGAUUUAAAUAACUGUAGUACAAAAGAAUAGAGGGAAACACUCAAGAGGGACUAGCAAAGAGAAGCAUUCAGAUGAUUGACUCAAUAUGAAUGAAAAAGCUAGGUAUGGUGGCACACACCAUUAACCCUAGAAUUCUAGAGGCUGAGGCAAAAAGUGACUCUAUGAGGUCAAAGUCAGUCAGCCUGGUCUACAUUUUGAGCUCCAGGACAGGCAGGACUACAUAGAGAGACACUGUCAAAAAUAUAUAAAUGAUAAGAGAAAGACAAAAUGAAAUAGAAUAAGGUAGGAAAGACCAAUUAUUACAUGCAGGUUUAUUGAUCUAUUCGAUGAUUUACUUAAAGCACUGCUCAUACUGCAUAUUUGCAAAGCAUGGCUUUAUUUGCUACUUGGAACAGAAUGUCCUGAAGAAAUAACUGAAACCAUGUAUCAUUGUCCUUAACAAUCUGCUUCUUGCCAUGUAUGCUUCUGUAAGAUCUCAUUUUCUUGUUUGCCCCACUUUUUGAGUUUAAGGUAUAAAAUGAGAAUGCAGACUGGACCCAUGACCAGAAUCUUUCAGGAGCUAUACUGGCUUCUGCCACUAGUGACAUUUUCUGUCAUAGGAGUUGGAGUGCUCAUGAAAGAAAGACUUCCACAACAAAAAAUGUAAUGGCAUCUAUUAUUUUUUAAGUUUGCUGUACCAGGGGGUAAAUGACUUGUAUGUGUUUGAGCAGGUAGGGAAUGGGAGGGACACCUAUGAACCUGUUACUUUGAGGUACACGAAUAGUAUCAUGAUUUGAAACAUGGAUCUAGAACUCAGAGGGUGUUAUGCACACAUUGAAGAGUAAUUCCUUCCCCAAAAUAUAAGUCCAUGAAAGUACAAAAGUUACCAUGAGACAGGCUGAAAAAAAAUGAAAAGUAAUAUUGAAGAAAAUGAUUUAGGUAGGCAUGCAUGUUAAUUUCUGAGGCUUUUGUAAGAAAUGAUCACAGACUGGGAUGAGACAUUUAUUUGUCUCACACUUUUUGAGGCCAGAAGUCCAAUAUGUUGAUGUGAAACACUUGUAAGAAUAAAGGGAAUUUCCCUUACAAGAGUAAAACAUGUUAGAAAUAAUAGAGCAGGAAAGAAAAAAAAACUAUUCUUUGCUUCUGUUGGUUUCUGAUGGCUUUUGGCAUUCCUUGGCUUGUGACUACAUUGCCUUCGAUUUCUGUCUUUAUAGUAACAUUGCCUUCUCUUCUUCAUGUCUUCUCAUCUGUGUUUUUGUUUGAUAAGGACACAUGUAAUGACAUUUAGGGAUGAAUUGGAUUCAGGAGAAUAAAUUAUUCUUAUUUAGUCACAUUGGUUUAGUAUAUCAAGUUACAUUCAUGAGUCUUACGAUGUGGGCACAUCUUUUGAGGUACCACUAUUAAAUCUUUUAUGGUAGGCUUACAAAGAUAGGAAGUAGGUAAUGUCUUUGCUGUGGAGGCUGGGUCAUGUAUGGAAAGCUAGCUGCAAGCAAUGGGAGAUUAAGAAAAACAGACACAAAGUAGAAGCCAAGCUGGGACCAGGUGUACUGUAUGCUUGGAUGGAGACAUGGCCUCCCCUUGCCACCCAAUCAUUUUUAUUAUAUACUGGAAAAAGAAGGGAGUAGCCAGCUAAUCUAAGUAAGGAAUCUUAUAUGGCAGUAGUGAAUAUGCAGUCUUGUGGAGCAAUGAAACUUUGGGAAGAGCCUUCUGCAUGGCUUUCCUCUUAGUAAAGAUCAACUGCUACACAAUCAUCCUGCUUCAGCAAGCAUCUCAAGCAUGCCACUUCUUUAGGCUUUUAUUUUUCAAAUCCUACUUUAAUAAGCAUACUUAAAUGCUUUAACCUCCCUUCUAGGACUCUAUACACCAGAGGCAGUGCAAAGGAAAGGUUAACAGGGCAAAGGAGGAUGCGAACCUGUGGAGAAAUAGUUAUUUGGUGUGAAUCCAAUAUGUGUUGUCAGCAGUUCAGUUCAUAUGAAUCAGCAGCAGCAGCUUAAUCUACUUGCAAACACCAUUCAUAAAUCAACAAACGUAGUUUGAACCAGAAAAAACUUCCAGGCUCUGCCAAAUGGCCUGAGUCUGUCAAAGUAGCAAGUAGCUGCCAGAACCCCACCAGAAGUUCUUUGAUGCAUUUCUUCCUACCUAGUCACGACAAAUGAUGACCAGCAAACUGUGGCAAGGUGAACCAAUGCCACACAACUUUCUCCAUUGUCUGUUGAGUUAUAUUUAUACUCCUGCCAAACAUUACAUGUUCUCUCAAACAUCUAUUGUAGCAAAACAUCACAUGCCCCUCUUCCAUGCUGCUUCCAAAGAAGCACCACGCACCUGUUCUCAGCAAAAUGUCCCCCCACAUGUCUGCUUCAGCAAAAACAUGCUCUCAUAAGACGGUUUCAAGGAAAACAUCCCACAACAAAACUGACUCUCCAAAGAAACCAGAAAAUUCCACUUCAAACUCCCUUAGUUGUGAGAUCUGUUAGACAUGGCUUUGCUCAUGCCAAGGAAGCACACUGAGGACUACAGCCAUUUUAAACAAGGCAACCAAGGUUGAAAGUCAGAGUGUGAAGAUCAAUAAAUGUUAGAAAAUAAGAUGAAUAAAUUUUUUUUAUCUGGAAGUUAAAAGUGUUUGAACGUCUUAGUUGUGGGAAGAAAAGAAGCAGGCAAAGAAGGAGACAUUAGGAUAAGACAGGCAGAACUGAAAUGAAGAUGGUGUUAGUAAAGUUCAAUGGAGGAAAAAAUAUAUAUAUUUUUUCCCAGAGAAUAGGGUCAGUCUAAACUGGGGAGAGAUGGCAAAGUAGUUAAGGGCUUGUUACUCUUCUAGAGAAUCUGUGGUGUUUGACAGCUAUUAGUAACUCUAGUUCCAGAGAACUCAACACUCUUUUCUGGCCUCCAUAGAUACAAGACAUGCACAUGUGUAUUCAUGAAGGCAAAAUAUCCUCAUAAAAUAAUAAAUUUGAGAAAAGAGUAGAUAAAUAAGUGUUGCUAUAAGAAAAGAGCCCACCAUUUCAUGUUUGGUGAUGUAUCUUAAUGGGAAAUCCAUGAAGUUACAGGAUGGGAAUAAUGUUGAGAAAUUGAGAGAAGGGAAAAAAUAUGAAAAAUGCCUAUAGGUAAGGAGAAUACAUCCAUUUGAGUGUUCAGUCUAGGUAAAGGGGAAUGCAAAAUCUGUUGUUACUGUGAAUAUUAAACAACUUUAUACUGAAGACCAAUAGGAUGAAUACAUAGUUAACUGUGUUGGAAAUUGAAGAGAAUGUUUGAGAUGAUAAACAGAUGAGUGAUUCUAGGGUGUCUUAAAGGGCAUACUGCAAAUGGUUGACUUAUGCUCAAGGAUAAGUGAUGCAGUAUGUGUACAUUUUGGUAGACAGGAAGCAUCAAGAAGAAUCAAAGGACUAUUGCCACCCUCAGGAUAACACAUGUAGUAGGAACAGAGGAGCAGGAGAUGAUUGUAUGGGCAAGAGAAGACAGGACUCCAUAUGGAUUUCAGAAGGGAAUAGAGGUACAGAAAUGAACCCAAUGGUCAUUUCAUAUAGAGUUGUUCACAGGGUAGGCAAUGUAAAAAAAAAUUGGUUAUACAAUUUAUAAUAUAAUACUGAGGUCAUAUAUAAUUUACAUUUACUUUAAGGUUUACUUGUUUAUGUAUUUUUCAUAUAUGAGUGUUUGGCUGCAUCUGUGCCUACACAUCAAAAGAAGGUAUAAGACCCCAUCAUAGAUGAUUGUAAACAACUACUUGGCUGCCAGGAAUUGAACUUGGGACCUCUAGAAGAGCAGCUACUGCUCUUAACUCCAUCUCUGAGGCCCCUACAUUUAUAAUAUAUAAAAUACAUCUUUCGUUGUACUGUUUGGCCUGAAACUGUUUGACUUUGUAGGUAUAAUAACAGAUAACAGUAAUAUUCAUUAGCAAGUGAUGUAUUAGCAUCAAUGUGUUGGUGUACUUGGAAAAAUCAGAGUUAACUUAAACAGUACCAAGUUUUUUUUCUAUUGAUGAUGAAAUUAAGAUGUAGUAGGGAAAAAUCAAGUUUAAACCACUGGUAGUAGCUUAAAUUAUACUAAAUAACAGGAUGUUAUUUCUUGGUAUGUUUUCUACAAGGUGAACUGAAAACAUAAAAAAGCAUUGUUUUAUCUAGAUUGUUGUGUGCCCACACAAAUGUAUUACAGAUAGACACAUCCUUUAAAAUGUAAAUGUUUUAUCCACUCUUGAAACGUAUGAACAGUGUGUAUUAUUUGAAAUCUAGUAUAUAACUGCCCACUUUCCUCUUCAUGUGUUUUAUGUGAUCACUAUGUUUCCAUUUGGAAUUAGUGGUAGUUAAUGGGAGAAGGCCUUGAACACAUCACAGGGAAAGAACACUGCUAAGAAAACCUGCAUGGCUAUGAGAACUAGAGACGUACCACAACGAAGCCAAAUGUAUAAUGUUCUCUAAUUAAAAAUUUUACACAUACACACACACCACAAGACAUUGUUAAGUAACACAUGAUGCUGGAUAACAAAUAUUUAACACACACACACACACACACACACACACACACUUGCAAUGGAAUGUUCAGAAAAUGCAAGGGAAUAAAGGCUUAUAUCAAUGGAAAAUAUAGACUAGUGAUCGCUACACUUACACAUUCAUGCCUCAUGAUGUCGCUCUUCACUGCGAACUUUUUUUUUUUCAAAGAAAGUCACUUCCUUCAGAGAACUCGCUGUGAAUUCUCUAGUACUAGGAUAUCUUCAAACCAGCUUUUGAGAGACAGUUUCAGGCAAGGUAUUCUGUAUACUGUAGCUACCACCGUAUCUUUCUGCGUGUGUACCAUGCUAUUAUUCUCGCAAAGCGGCCCAGGAUCCCGGUGCCUCCUGCUCCCGCUCCUGCUCCUCACAACCUGGGAGGCAGGGAGCGGCCAGCUCCACUACGCUGUUUCGGAGGAGGCCAAACACGGCACCUUCGUGGGCCGCAUCGCGCAGGACCUGGGGCUGGAGCUGGCGGAGCUGGUGCCCCGCCUGUUCAGGGUGGCGUCCAAGGACCGCGGGGACCUUCUGGAGGUAAAUCUGCAGAAUGGCAUUUUGUUUGUGAAUUCUCGGAUCGACCGGGAGGAGCUGUGCGGGCGGAGCGCGGAGUGUAGCAUCCACUUGGAGGUGAUCGUGGACAGGCCGCUGCAGGUUUUCCACGUGGAGGUGGAGGUGAGGGACAUUAAUGACAACCCACCUGUGUUCCCUGAAACCUACAAAAACAUCGUGAUUGCCGAGUUGAGACCUCCAGAAACUAGAUUUCCACUAGAUGGCGCAUCCGAUGCAGAUAUCGGAAUCAAUUCUGCCUUGACCUACCGAUUGAAUCCCAGCGAUUAUUUCGCUUUGGACACGCAAAACAAUCGUGAGCAAACUUCUUCAUUAUCCCUUGUCUUAAAGAAAUCAUUAGACAGAGAAGAAAUUCAGGAGCAUCGUUUAUUACUAACAGCUAGUGACGGAGGCAAACCGGAACUGACUGGCACAGUUCAGCUGCUGAUCACCGUCCUCGAUGUGAAUGACAAUGCUCCAGAAUUCGAUCGGUUUGUUUAUAAAGUUAGAGUGUUAGAGGAUGCACUAAAUGGAACGUUGGUGAUUAACUUAAACGCCACGGAUCCUGACGAGGGUAUAAAUGGAGAUAUAAUCUACUCCUUCAGGCGGCCUGUAUCCUCUGCGGUGGUGAGGGCAUUUAAUAUAGAUCCCAACAGUGGAGAAGUUAGGACAAAAGGUCUACUGGAUUUCGAAGAAAUUAAACUGUAUGAGAUACCCGUGGAGGCAGUGGACAAAGGGAAUAUUCCAAUGACAGGCCAUUGUACCCUUCUGGUGGAAGUACUCGAUGUAAAUGAUAAUGCACCAGAGAUCACGAUUACUUCCUUGUCACUCCCAGUCAGAGAAGAUGCUCAGCCAAGCACUGUCAUAGCUCUGGUCAGCGUGUCUGACCAAGACUCUGGUGACAACGGGCAAGUGACUUGCUCCUUGACGCCUCACCUCCCCUUCAAGCUGGUGUCCACCUUCAAGAAUUACUAUUCCCUCGUGCUGGACAGCACCCUGGACCGCGAGACCACAGCUUUCUAUAAGGUAGUGGUGACAGCCCGAGACGGGGGCUCGCCCUCGCUGUGGACUACGGCCAGCGUGUCAGUGGAGGUGGCUGAUGUGAACGACAAUGCUCCUGCGUUCGUGCUGCCUGAAUACACUGUGUUCGUGAAGGAGAACAACCCGCCUGGAGCGCACAUCUUCACGGUCUCGGCGAUAGACGCCGACGCACAGGAGAACGCGCUGGUGUCCUACUCGCUGGUGGAGCGGAGGGUGGGCGAGCGCUUGCUGUCGAGCUAUGUGUCUGUGCACGCGGAGAGCGGCAAGGUGUUCGCUCUGCAGCCUCUGGACCAUGAGGAGCUGGAGCUGCUUCAGUUCCAGGUGAGCGCGAGGGAUGCUGGUGUGCCUUCCCUGGGCAGCAAUGUGACUCUGCAGGUGUUUGUGCUGGAUGAGAACGACAAUGUGCCCACGCUGCUGCCUCACAGAGCUGUCGGAGCUGGCGGGGCAGUGAGCGAGGUUGUGCCUAGGACAGUGGGCUCAGGGCACGUAGUGGCGAAGGUACGCGCAGUAGAUGCGGACUCUGGUUACAAUGCGUGGCUGUCUUAUGAGCUGCAGUUGGCAGCAGGGGGCAUGCGCAGUCCGUUCCGCGUGGGUCUGUACACGGGCGAGAUCAGCACGACGCGCGCCCUAGACGAAGCAGAUGCGGUACGCCAGCGUCUGUUGGUGUUGGUGAAGGACCACGGCGAGCCAGCGCUGACCGCUACAGCCACGGUGCUCGUGUCUCUGGUGGAGAAUGGCCAGGCACCAAAGAUAUCUUCCCUUGCUUCAGAGAGCACAGCAUCUUCGAAGGCGUCGGUGGUGACUGUCAAUGUGUACUUGAUCAUUGCUAUUUGUGCGGUGUCCAGCCUGUUAGUGCUCACGCUGCUGCUGUACACAGCGCUGCGCUGUUCAGCAAGGCCCAUUGAUGGAGCCUGUGCUCCAGGGAAGCCCGUGCUGGUGUGCUCCAGCGCCGUGGGGAGCUGGUCAUAUUCUCAGCAAAGGCGACAGAGGGUGUGCUCCGGAGAGGGUCCACCCAAGACCGACCUCAUGGCCUUUAGUCCCAGUCUCCCUCCUGUGCUAGGCUCUGCAGAGGACACAUGUCAGAGAGAAGGGCAGGUAGAACAUUUGAAAGAGCCCCGGCAGCCCAACCCUGACUGGCGCUACUCUGCCUCACUAAGAGCAGGCAUGCACAGCUCUGUGCACCUGGAGGAGGCUGGUAUUCUGCGGGCUGGUCCAGGAGGGCCUGAUCAACAGUGGCCAACAGUAUCCAGUGCAACACCAGAACCUGAGGCAGGAGAGGUGUCCCCUCCGGUGGGCGCUGGCGUCAACAGCAACAGCUGGACCUUUAAAUACGGACCAGGCAACCCCAAACAGUCCGGUCCCGGUGAGUUGCCAGACAAAUUCAUUAUCCCGGGAUCUCCUGCAAUCAUCUCAAUCCGGCAGGAGCCUGCCAACAACCAAAUUGACAAAAGCGAUUUUAUAACCUUCGGCAAAAAGGAGGAGACCAAGAAAAAGAAGAAAAAGAAGAAGGGUAACAAGACCCAGGAGAAAAAAGAGAAAGGGAACAGCGCGACGGACAACAGUGACCAGUGAGGCCACCAAAUGGAAACAAGCCACUUAGCCAGUUUUUGUAAUAACGGCAGAUCUCUCCCAUGUAGCAACACCCCGCUCCUUUCUCCUAUGACAUGAGCCCUCUUAGAGACCUCAGAAAUCUGCAGAAAGUUCCCUGUGUCUGUCUUGAUCGCAUUUAACAGGUUUUGUCUUAAAAGGCUUUCCUAAGUCUGGUGUUAACUCUCUCUUUCUCCACUCUGGCUUGUUUUCAGAACCUAAAAAGCAGACCCAGGUUUCCUUUCUCCCCCGCCGCAAAGGAGAAGCUUCCCAGCCCCGCCAGUGAGAGUUGGACUCUCUGCCCUGUGCUUCAAGCAUCCUGUCUUGAUGAUAUUUGCAGGGCAGGCUGAAAGGUAUUCAGGUUGAGCAGUUGGGUGUUUGUGGUCACUGGGUAUGUGUGGCUAUCGAGAGUGUCGGAGAGCCUGAUAUUGGCUGGGAUGGUCCAGAUUAGACUAGUUAACACUGGAAGGGCUGGGGAUCAAAGGCACAUACACACUGAGAGUCUUUGAUCUGGAGGGGGAAGUGUGAAACUUAAAAGGACCAGACUUUCUCAGUCUCUCAACUGGAGGUGUGGUGGUCACCCUCUAGCAGACAAAACCAUCCCCACUGACAGCUUUAGGAGUCCCUCAAGCCUGCUGGCUGCGAUAUCACUAUAUCCAAAACCUGCAUUAUGCACACGAGCCAGCAGUUCAAGUGUUUAACAAGAGGGUCAGCCAGGGCAACAGAAGCAGAUCUGAUGUGUUUCCUGUACACGUCCUUGUGCUCACGCUAUUAAAAAUUCUUUUGCACACAAUGUUUAUGAAAAGGGCGCAUCCUUUUCCAACAACACAUAUGCAAAAGCAAAAGAAAAACCCAAGACCUCACUUUAUGCUGUUUGUUGUUUGAUAGAUUUAUUUAAAAAAAAAAAGAGAAAGUCUAUAGCUACAAAUCUUUAAAGAAAUAUGACGAAUACAAUCCCCCCAGCCUUCCCUCAAAAGAGAAUCCAGUCUACAGCCAUUUGAAAUGAUCGUUGCUGCUACAGAAGUGCUUUAAGAGAAUUGCCUGGAACAUCUGUAUUAUCCCGGCCACCUGCCAAUCACAGCUUUACUCGUUCAGGUCACUCUGGGGCUGCCUCUUGCAUGUAUUAAUUACUAAAUAGAAGGAUCUUUCUCUCUUUUCUAAGAAAAAUGAUGUGCACUUUGAUUACACAACCUUCUCUAACCCACUAUAUCAAGACCCAGAAACUGAAGAAAAAUAUUGUUUUCUCAUGCAUACAGUGAGCAGACUUUUCAUUCCUCUGACUCUGUGGUUGUCUCGGUGUGCUAGCCUACACCUUCGCCUUGUUUGGUUUUCCUUUUCUAGAACACUCUGAAUUGCUAACCUUACUAACACCUCCGAUGUUACCUGAAUCAAUCUCCCAUAUGUAUGCUGUAUGCUAUUCUAAGAUUCCUGAGAUAUACUUACUCUGUGCUUGUGUAUGUGAAUGUUAAUGCAACUAUUACCUAGAGUGAACUUUAAGCUUUAUUGUUGAAUGUAAGCCCAUUAUAUUUCCUUUUGUACACCUGUGGAAAAGUGGAAUAGUGUUUUUUUUUAAGCCAUUGUUAAUCAGCUUUUGUGUAUGAAAGACACAGUAAAAUUUCUUUCUUAAAUCAAGAUGCUGGUGAUUCAAGGAAUUUUAUUUAUGGUCAGCCAAGGGCUGUCUCUUGCCAAGACUCCUGCUGGCAAGGGAAAAUGCAUAAAGCUGGUUUUUGUUUCUAGUAAGAAUUCUGGAAUAAAUACUGAAGAAAGUCCCUGAGGGUAUGCAAGCACAAAAUUGUACCAAUCUGACCUCUUUGAAUUUGCAGACUGCUUUGAAAUGCUAUCCGGAAUAUCAGCUCAUAGAAAGUAAUAAAAUUUACUGUUACCAUAAAUAAGAUAUUUUAAGUUUGUUGUGCACAACUUAGACGUUUGAUUAAUUAUAUUAUCUAUUUAAAAGCAUAUAAAAGAGGUAGGAGUCUGUUUUAAAAGGCAUAAAAUCUAAAAAAAAAAAAAAAAAAGCCUGUCUUGUCUACGUUUAGCUUCAUUCUCCCAUAUUUUGAAGGGUGUGUAACUUCAGCUCUGCAGGAUUGCAUGGGGUAAAACUCGUUGACAGCACAUGUGAACCAUUGCUACAUUGUAGGUUGUGAUCAUUUUGCCCCACUGAAGCCCAUGUAACUGACCUUACGUGCCUUUUGAACUAGGAGAAUCGGGCUAUAAUUUAUUAAUGAUGAUAACGAUAAUGUAUAUGUACAGCACUUUUUAAACUUAUGAAGUGCUUUCCAAUUCAUGUUAGUUAUUAGUUAUUACAGCUGUAAGGAUAAAACACGUCAUGUGGAUUCAUUUUUAAUUGGUGCUAUUGGUAUUUCCUCUGUUCUUGCUAAUAAAUGGAAAUGGUGGUGUGAAA